ACGCUUGGCUGCCUGCCCCGCCCUGGUCGCCUUGGGAGGGACUCUCCACCGACUCUGCUCUGCUCUGCAAAGCCAUCGCCAUCGCAUCUGUUAUUUGCAAAGCCAUCGCCAUCGCAUCUGUUUUGCAAAAAAAGGCCUUCGCAAUGGCAUCGCUCUCCCGGCCUUCCUCCCGGCCUUCGUCCCAAGUCCUUCCCACCGCCAGGCCGGCAUCGGCAUCGCCUCGGGCUCGAAACUCUGGCUUGGACUCCUCGCCGGAUGCUGGCUCCGGUAACACCUCUGCAUCAACCAGCAAUCUCUCUCCUUCCACCUCUCGGGGCACUCGCUAUUCUUCUCCCUCGCUUCCUUCGCUUCCUUCGCUUCCUUCGUUUCCUUCGCUUCCUUCGCUGCCAUCCGUGGCUUCACAGGACCCCCUCGUAUCCGUAUUGUUGACCCACUCCUCGUCUCAAACAACUGUCUCCCUCUCGCUUCCGCCGCGCACAUCGCCGUCCGCCUCCGCACAUCCCACCUUAUCCACCGGCCGCCCAACCAUCCCAGUCCCGAGUGGCGGUAUCGACGGUCAGCCAAGCUCCGGACAGGCUCUUCCAUCGGCAGCGCCAUUCCUCCCAACCGGGUUCCCGACAUCAUCCGCAAGCAGCCCAAUCCCCACGCCAACGCCGACAAUAAACUCGAUCCGGAGCGAUUCGCGCUUGUCUCAGGUGUCAAGUCCGAGCCCACGCUCAUCUCUGGUGGUUGCCAGCAGCCCGGAAGCAACGACAGCAAAUGGUGCUGUGACUUCAUCGGCGCCUGCAAUCGCCUCCAAUGUAUCUCCGGGCGAUACUCCUGACGGACGCACAAGCAAUUCAGUGUCCCCACAAGCACCGUCUCCGACCACCACCACCACCACCAUCACCACCACUACCACGACCACUACCACUACCACUAUCACCACCACAGCAACAACUACCACACUUGCAGCACCUGUUUCAACGACAACCACUGCUGCCGCUACCUCAAUCCAACCCACCUCGGCUACCAGAGCCACGACCGCCGCUGCUUCGUCGGCGGUUACAACUCGCCAAUCGCCUCCGUCCACCGCCACAGCUGCACCACCCACAGAUCCGACCUCACAGCUUCCAACUUCACAGAUCCCAACCUCACAGCUUCCAACUUCACAGCUCCCGACGGCACCCCCACCAGCGUCCCCACCACCACCACCACCACCCGCGAUCACGACUGAUCCCCAAGUCAUCACCACACGACUCCCCCCAGCCCCUGAGACAGACAUCGUUCUCGUACCUUCCGAUACUUCACAGCAAUCAGACGAUCUUACCUCACCGACAUCCAAUGAAUCGUCCGCAGCCAACGUUUUGACAUCAACCCUUGCCAGCACAACGGCCCCCACGACCACUAUUGGCACUGCUGUGACGUCGCCUAUCUCGCUCAGGCCCUCGGACUCGAUAUCGACCCUGUCCACUCGAUCGGCAACGUCGUCUCCUACCGGCAGCGGCUCUGUCAGUGUCAUCGGCGCAUCGCAGUCCGGAACAGGUCUACCCGUCAACGCCAUCAUCACCGGAGUCUUUGUCACAGCAACUGCCAUCGUGCUGGCGGUUGCCGUUUGCGUGCUUGGUCGGCGAUGGUACAAGAAGCGCCAGUUCCAGCUCAGGCAGAGUCGCUUCCACGACGUCGAAGGAAGACCGGGUGGGGCACGCUCUGUGCUCGGAGCACGGCUGUCGUUCUCGAGUGAUCGGCAGUCCGAUGCCGACUCAACGCUGAAUCGCAUCCGCAAUAGUGCCCAUAGUCGUGCAUCGAAUGCGCCGCUGCUGUCGGACCUGGCAGCCCAGAGGCAGCCGGCCAUGCCCGCAACCAACUUUUACUCGAGACUCCCAAUCCUGGGCCCGUUCUUUGGAACCAAAGCCACACACCCUUCACACAGUGGCGACGACGAGCAGUCGCAGUCGACUCUGGGUGGCCUGCUCGACCUUUAUUCGAGGUCGGCUCGGCGAGAGAGUCCCCAGCCCGACAGCGCACGCCUUCAGUCCGACUCCAGUCGCCAGCGGGCCGGCAGUCCGCUCCAAUUCCAAGCCCAGAGCGACAAAGACGAUGGAUACAUGAGCCAGCCAGGCGCCGACCGAGUGACAGGGUAUACUUACCGGCCAAAUGACUACAGCAACGGCGGUGGCGCCGGCGACUAUUCCAAGUACGACGACGAUUAUCGCCAACAGUACAGGUAUCCGACGGCCAACCCAAGUGUCUACUACCCAAGCCGAGACAGCGUCUCAUCAGUCGAGCAGCAGGCCUUUGUUGUAUCCUCCGUCACCGGAUCCAGGGAUGCCGACCAGCCUGCCGCCACCGCCGCCAGCCCUCAACAGGAGCCCGAGGCUCCCGCCUCGCCAGGUGCGUGGGCAGUGCCCAAUCUCGUGGGAACCAUGACGGGCGCCUUCGAGGCCGUGGCCAACUGGACGCUUCGUCGCCAGCUCUUCCACAAGACCAUCCAAAACAAGAUCCAUAGCCACGGACGCCGAGACAGCCUUGCAAACCUCCAGCGGCUUGACUCUGGAGACAUUGCCUUUGGCUCGGCGUCGGGCAUGCGGGCCGACUCGUUCAAACCCGCAGACAUGGUGGUCCAGCCCAGCGACCACCAAGAAUACCGCGUUGUCGACCACCUGGUUUCGGUGCCGCCCAUUGCCCAGGCGAUGACCCUGGGCGAUGUUCUGCGAAGUGCAACAUCGUCGACGACAUACUCGGAUGAGGACAGCCAAGACAGCGGAUCUCGGCUUCGGGCCAGCAUGGUGCCGUCAUCGGUCGGAUCGCGCGCAACGACGGCAGCCAAGCCCAUGAACUACCGGCAGUUUGCCGCUCGCCACAGCACCAUCUCGAGUAAUUCUUCGGAUCGCUCGAGCUUGCUGUCAGCGGAGGGCGAGUCCGAUCGGCAUCUCUCCCUGUAUACUGUCGACAACCGGCACUCGCGCUGAUUCGACCGACGGAUGGGUCCCCGAUCCGGGCCACCAGAGGCCCACGACGCUGCCAUUUCCGCCUGAAUUCCCACCCCACCCCUUGCUUUGCACUCCUCGCAGUCUGGCCUCUGGCCACCAGUCUCGCCGUCCUUGCAUCCGGUACUCCUCUCUCGAAGCGUACAUCCUGCAGCCCGGGCCUAACUGCCCAUGCUGCCUGCCAGUCCAAUCCUGCUGUCCUUGACUCGACUUGUCUGUGCAUCGCCAUGUUGCACUGUAAUUACAGGCGCUCUUCGCCAAUACAUUAUGAUUUCCUCUCUCGCAA